AAGACAAACACAUGUAUUGUACAAGCAAGUGGUUAAAGAUUACUGCCGCCAACGGGUUGCCUCUUCCCUACCUUGGGUAUGUUGAACUUGAUAUCCAAGUAAUGGGGUUGACUAUACCUGGGUGUGGGUUCUUGGUGAUACGUGACCAGAAUGAUGGGGAGACUGACUCAGCGCCCCCAGGCAUACUUGGCAUGAACAUAGCACAGCGGUGUAAACAACUGAUUCAAGCUGAGUUUGACAAUGCUUUGGAGGGGACGUUGGAUGCUGACUGGAGAGCCUCCCUUACCCGAGUGCAAGAGGCUACCCCAGUAGGAGCGAACUCUGUGGUCCGGGUAGCAGGUACACGUAAGUCGUACGCACCUGCAGCCUCAGUGGCUACAAUUCAGGCCAGAACACAUAAAGAACUAGCUGAAAACAGAGACUUAAGGUUGUUUGAGCCAGGUAAGGCAUCAUUGCCAGGUGGCUUGGUCCUGGUUCCUACCUUGGUAUCACCCGGUAGGCAGGUAUUCCCAGUGCAGGUAGUAAACUUGUCCCCAGAAGGUGGGUGGUUGCCACCCAAGGUGAAACUAGGGGUACUUGCCCAGGGUCGUCGUGUUGAGAGUACCUCCUGCGAAGUUAGAUUCCAUCGAAUCUCUGCAGAUCAUGAGGAAGUUAUGGUAAACCAGAGGUCAAUGACGGGGGUUAGCGGUGACCUGCAGUGUCCCUUGGAGAAAGUGCAGAUCGGCGGUACCCCUGCAUAGCAGGCAGAGCUGAAAGUGCUUCUGAGGGGAUACCUGGACGUGUUUGCCAUCACUGAUGAAGACCUCGAUUAUACUGAACUGGUAAAGCACGAGAUUCCCUUGAACGAUGACCUUUCUGUCUCACAGUCAUACCGACGUAUACCACCAA